GCUAUCUCUUUCGCUCCCUCUCUCGCUUUCUCUGUCGAAAUAAAUAAAUUCCUACAAAACUCUCCACAGAAAAAAAACCCCCAAAGCAAAACAACGACAACCCUCCCUCUGUAUUGUCGCGUAUAUUCGCUUUAAACGGAGCCCUAAUGACAUCACAUUGCUGCAAUGCUGCGCUGUCCAUGAAAUGUGUCAGUCGUUUCCUGUGAUAACCAAGGAAGUGUCCACUGGCUGCUCGAGACAUCAUCAUGGCGUGACUAACCGGGCUCGUAUUUGUGCAGGUGGUCGUUUUGCAUUAUCAGACAUUGGCUGCCUAUUUUUGUUUGUUUGUUUUCUUCCGGGAUACAGAAGAUUUCCCCACCGCAUCCCGCCAGGAGAAACCAAAGAAGCGGACGGAGCAAGUCGUGAAAGCCUAAGUAUCGCUUCGAGAAGAGCUGCAGUUCUCCAUCCGGACACCAUCUCUUCUCUCUCCCUCUCUCUUUUCCUCGGCUUACGGCAAUACAUAAGAGGCGGGAGAUGUAAGGAGAAUGUAACCCACCUUGCUAUGUAUAUUUUUUGAGGGAAUAUUUUGUGCUAUAAAACAGCACGCGGGAGACUUAUUGGUGCCACCAGACAUUUCCAUCCCUGCUCCGACGCAAACCUCGGACUAUCCCGAGCUUUUUCCUCUCCCUUUUCUCCUCCUCUCUCUUUGGAUUUGGCGGAUUUCAGCUUUGCAUCUCCUGCCUUUUAAGCCACAACCAGGACCCUACUGGGAUUUUAGGUGCGGUUUUUGUCGUCCCGACACAGACGGCUCUGAAGAAAACCCGGUGAGCGGCACCCACCACACCACCGCCCAGAGUUCGGAACAGAAGGACUUUAACCCCCCAAGCUGGCCGAAAGCCGGCUAUCAUCCUUCGACACGAUCGAUCACCCUCGGGGUUUGAUUGCCCCAUUUAUCACUGGAGCUAGCUAAGCCUCCGGUUCCCGCCAUUUUUAGUGCCUCGGCUCCCACGUUUUCAAAACUCAAACGGAGCUGCGGAGGGGAAAUAAAGCGUUUUUCACUCUAACCUCUGGAAGAGGUAGAGAAAGGGGCCUGUGCGAGGCGACUCUGUCAACCUUCCUCUCACGGCGUCUGGGCUGGCCCGGCGCCACGACUGGCUGCCUCGCGGCCCGCUCAAUGGGAGUCGGCUCCAUUAUCAGAGCGGCUGCCUCGCCGCCCUGCAGCAGCCCCGGCAGUCCUCUGCUCCUGCAGAUUUAAUUCCUUAUCUCAAUAUGGAAAACAGACCCUGUGACGGAGAGCAGAAAACACCCAGGGCUGCGUGUGAACACGAGCACGGAGCGGGCACGCAUACAGUGAGAUGCCUCUAUAAAGUUGUCGUUUGCGGCGUGUCGAGAAGACGCGCGGUUAAAGUUCAGUAAAGGAAUUUUUUGCGCACAGUAAGCAGUUAUUAAAGUUCAUUGAAGGAACGGUUUCUGAGGCUCGCUUGCGAUGCGCCAGAUGUAUUUGCAAAGACAAGUGAGUUGUCCUCGUGUUUUGUUUGCAGAUUAAUAAUAGCUGCUACGACAGACUGCUGAACUCUCAGAUGACAGAAACUCAGCGUGAACCCGCAGCCUCGCGUGUGCUCCUUUUGUUAAAAGUCUUGCAUGAGCACUUUAUCACCUCUUAGAAAAUGGAACAGCUGGGUAUUCUUAAUGACAAGUUUUUCAAAAAUGUAUUUCAGCAAGGGGAAAAUAAGUCUUAUCAGCGUGACAUCACUUUGGAGAUUUCUUUCCCUAACUGUUUUACCUUUUUUUCCCCCCUUUCCCUUUUAUUUAAAUAUAGCUUGUGAUUAAACCAAUUCUCUCUUAUGUGGCUUGGCGAAUGGUCACACCUGUAAUGGUAGCAAAAAAUGUUUGACUUAGUUGCUUUUACAGACCUACGCUCACAGUCUCGUCAAAAUGUCAUGAAAAACCAGCAGUGGGCUUAAUUUGUCACCUUUCGCAGACUUGUGAAGCCAAAGGUUUUUGCGUUGCCAUGCUAAUAAUUUUUGUUUCACUUUAUGCUAAUCAUUUGACAGACCUGUUCUUACCGACAGAAGUGCUUUUUUUUUUACCAGUUGUCUAAUAAAAAAUUACUUCUGAAUAGCCAAUUCCUGCAGAAUAAAGUGGAAUAGGAAGAAAGAAACAACAAUUCCUUAUUACAAGAAAGAAAGAAUUAGCCAUGAUAUGAAGAGCAUUGGUUCUGUUGUGGUCUUGAAUUCUGUGCCAUUUUGGGUUGAAUUUGUAUUUUAGUAAAUUCUGAUGGUUAGUCAUUAUUAUACUACCUGUCUCAGUGGCUUAGCUUUUUUCCAUUUUCUUGAUUCUAACUCGUUUUGUUUAGAUUUUGCUCCCUUUGUUUCUCCCUCUUCUGCUGUUUUAUCCCAGCUGCAUCAGUGAAAUCGUUCACCGGUUUACACCGUCUCAAUGCUUCUCAAGAGUACUUCCUGUUUUCUUUGUGUUAUAAUUAGCGUUUAGUUGGCUAAACUCACCUCAAAAUAACAUUGUCUGUGUCCUGUGAGCCUUUGGGUCCCCAACAACCACUCUGCCAACCAGAGUAAACUUGUGUUGCGCACAGUGCUAGCAUAAAAAUGACCUAAGUUAGCUUUAGCACACAACAUGACAGAAGCAAGAACAGCUCGCUCGAUAAAGUUUGCAUCACACAAAUGCAUGAAGAUAGAACACAUUCAGAUAUGUUUUUGUCUUCUAAACGUGAUGCUAUCGCUGUUGUUCGUCCGUACAGCCUGGCCGCCCUGUAACGCGAUUGCUGUGUAAAUGAAGUGUGUACUGGAGCAAGGAGCCGCGGUGGUGAGUCCUGCCUGUAAGGCAGAUUGCUGCUCUUAUUGACAAAGUUUGUGCCUUUGGCAGUCCUGCAGGAUGCUCGUCUUGCAAAAGAGGAGCGCCUGUUACUUCAGCAGUGCACAGACCAGCAGCUCAGAGCAGCUACACUGGCAAAUAGAAAGGAGUUUUGUUUUUCUUAACAUUUGGAGUCCUUGGCAUCGCCCUGACUGUCUGGCAGCUGCCUGUUCAGGAUGCUGCAGCUGAACCUGUGAUGGACACCAGGGCUUGAUAUUUGUGCCUGGAAAAUAAUCACCAAUGGACCGGCUGGUUGUGUGCGUGCUGCUGUGUGCAGCUCUGGUGAAAGGCUACAGCUCCUGCCCCGGCCGCUGCAUCUGCCAGCACCUCUCGCCCACUCUGACUCUGCUCUGCGCCAAGACCGGCUUGCUGUUCGUGCCCCCCACAAUCGACCGCAAGACCGUGGAGCUGCGGCUCACUGACAACUUCAUCACCAUUAUUCGUAAGAAGGACUUCCUCAACAUGACCAGCCUGGUCCACCUCACCUUAUCCCGCAACACCAUCAGCCAGAUCGUGCCCCACGCCUUCCUGGGCCUGCGCUCGCUCCGGGCACUGCACAUGGACGGGAAUCGGCUCAGCGUCAUAAAGAGCGAUCACUUUAAAGGCCUCGUCAACCUGCGGCACCUCAUCCUCGGGAACAACCAGAUCCACCAGGUGGCCUCGACCUCCUUCGACGAGUUUGUCGCCACCAUCGAGGACUUGGAUCUGUCCAACAACAAUCUGCGCAGCCUUCCCUGGGAGGCCAUAGCCAGAAUGACUAACAUUAACACGCUCACCUUGGACCAUAACCUUAUUGACUACAUAGAAGCGGGGACUUUCACUUUGCUCACCAAGCUGGUCCGCCUGGACAUGACUUCUAACCGGCUGCAGAAGCUUCCGCCGGACAGCCUGUUCCAGCACGCCCAGGUUCUGUCCGACGCCAAGGGCUCCAGCUCGUCCACACUGGUGGUGAGCUUUGGCGGGAAUCCCUUCCACUGCAACUGUGAGCUGCUGUGGCUGCGCCGGCUGACGCGGGAGGACGACUUGGAGACCUGUGCCUCGCCGGAGCACCUCAUGGACAAAUAUUUCUGGUCGAUACAGGAGGAGGAGUUCAUCUGUGAGCCCCCACUGAUCACCAAGCACUACUCCUCUAAGCCCUAUGUGAUGGAGGGCCAGGGUGUGACUCUAAAGUGCAAAGCCAUGGGGGAUCCAGAUCCAGACAUUCACUGGAGGUCACCGGAUGGCAAGCUGGUGCACAACAACUCGCGCACCAUCCUGUAUGACAACGGCACCCUUGACAUUCUCAUCACCACGCUGAAGGACAGCGGGUCGUUCAACUGCGUGGCGUCCAAUGCUGCCGGCAUCGCCACGGCCGCCGUGGAGAUCAGCAUGAUCCCUUUACCCUUGUUCGUGAACAACACCGGCCACAUGCGCGAGGACCCCGGCCUCUCCGACAUCACCACUUCCUCCAAAGCUGGCAACGACACAAAAGGCUACGACAAGCAGGACAAGAGGGUCCUGGUCACGGAGCUGACCUCGUCCUCCGCCGUGAUCCGCUGGCCGUCUGAACGCCACAUCCCCGGGAUCAGGAUGUACCAGAUUCAGUACAACAGCACUGCAGAUGAUACUUUGGUGUACAGAAUGAUCCCGUCUACCAGCAAAAACUUCCUCAUCAACGACCUGGCUGCGGGACGGGAGUACGACCUCUGCGUGCUGGCCGUGUACGACGACGGCAUCACGUCGCUGACGGCCACACGCGUGGUCGGCUGCGUGCAGUUCCACACGGCCAACGAGGUCAGCCAGUGCCGCUUCAUGCACAGCCAGUUCCUAGGAGGCACCAUGAUCAUCAUCAUCGGCGGCAUUAUCGUCGCCUCCGUGCUGGUGUUCAUCAUCAUCCUGAUGAUCCGCUACAAGGCCUAUGGCAGCCCCGUGGACACAAAGGCCAAGCCCAGCUUCGCAAUGCACUCGCAAACCAACGGCAGCCAGCAGCGGCUGCAGCACUCGGUGUCCAAGCAGCCGUGUGACGAGGUCGAAGCGCCGGCGCCCAAAGAGUGCAUGGCUCUGGUGUUGAAGGUGGACAGCGAGAAGGAGGAACUGGCAGCCACGGUGGCAGUCCUCGAAGUGGAGCUGCCCCCAAAUGCAGACAAAAUGAAGAGAAGGAGCAGCCUGGAUGCUCAGCGCUCUGGGCCGCCAUCUGAGGACACGCAGACGGACAGCAGCCUGACCGGCUCCACCAUGUCCCUCUGCCUGAUAGGCUCCAAUGCCGGCACUAAGGAGGCUCCCAGGCUUAAGGACAAGAAAAGCGCCCUGGCCAGCGUGGGGUUACUCCCCAACGAGCUGGCACGAACUAGGCACAGAUUCUCUUUCGAUGGCGGGGAUUACUCCAUAUUUCAGAGUCACAGUUACCCACGCAGAGCGAGGACGAGGUGGCACAGGUCCACCAACCAGCUCAACACAGAGUCAUCGCCACUCGCCAACAGGAGAGUUACAUUCAGCAGCACUGAGUGGAUGCUUGAGAGCACGGUUUGAGGAAAGCAGUGUAGCAAAAAAUUUUAAAUAAAAAAGAAACAUUUAAAAAAGGCACAAACGUAACGUAAAAACACAAAACAUCUACAUGCCAUACAGCACAACGAUGAUUAAAAACAAGCACAUUUAUGUACUCAUGCUGACUUCCUGUGAGUUGCUGGAGGAGAACAGUAUCCUGUCAUCCUGCUUCCCCCCCAUCGUGCUCCCAGAGAGGUUUAUUUGGGCCAUGUCUCUUCUUCUUUGUUUUUUGGGGUUUUUUUGCAGCGGUGCCUUAUUCUUUUAAAUGUAUGAAUGGAGGAUGCUGCUCACUGUAGUCACAAACCUCCCACUCUUGACGGCGAUGGGAAGUGUUGUUUUUGGCUUUUCGGUUUUCACCGUUUUCUGUGGCACACUGACGGGGAGGAGAGGGGUUUGGCAUUUGGAUGUGACUGUUUAAUUGUUAAAAAAAAUAAUAAUAAUCAUCAUUAAAAAAAAAAAAACUUCAUUACGCAGUAACUUGUAAAGUGAACAGCCAGGUACCCUGUUAUGUCAAUCAUGUUUUUUUUUUUUGGUUUUUUUUUUGAUGAAGAAAAAAAAAACUUUUGCACAGAAGACACGAGAUACAAGGACAAGUAUCAACACCAGUCUAUACAAUAUUAAUAACAAAAAAAAGCAGAGUUUUCUUUUUUUUUUUUCGAAUGCUCAUUUCUAAUGUUAGUGGAUAAAAAGGGGUUGAUGUGAGAAUCUGCCAUGGACGGUCAGACUGUGCGAUGUUGAAUAGGUAUUGUUCCAGAUGUGACUGUAUAUUCAUCGGUACUGUAUCUGGCUGGUCUAGAUAAAAGACGACAAACAAACAAAAAGACAUAUAUAAGUAUAUUAAAAUAUUGGUGUAUGUGUACUAACUAUGUAAAGUAAAUAAGUCAUACGUCACGUGACUUUUUACAGAGCAUUUGGGUGUUGGCUGCAAGUUUUUACAUUAAAAACCUGUGUCAUCACACCUCUCAAUAUUUAGUAUGUCCAAGUUUGAACCAUUUAUCCCCUCAUGAAGGGUAUUAAAUUUUUUGUGUGGGUUAACUGUA